UUUAUUUCGCAAAAUGUGUAACAUAAAAUAUAAAACGCGGAAGUUUUAAAGCAGAGGGAUCUAUCGCCUGGUAUAUCACGGCCUAUUAUCUAUCCCUUCUAAAUCAGUACAUCCAUGGCUUUUACAAGGCUUUGCCAGCAUGGUAAACCAAAAUCAUCUCCUACUGUAGUUCAAAGUCUAGUAGCAGUCUUCAAGGAGAAUCGUCUUCCAUCUGGUGGAUUGACGAGGUUUGCACACGUCUUGCUAAACGUUGCAACCAAUUUAACGAAAGACGAAUAUGCAGUCAUGAAACUCGCACUUGUAGCAAGUGAUGGAAUACAAGCUAAACAAGUUGACGGUAUAUGUUGUGCUGCAGACCUGCUGUCCUUCAUGUACUUGAAGAAGUUCAUAAACAAGGACAAUGUGAAUCUUCUGAUGGAAUUGCUGGUGAAAAUUCAGAGAAUAGAUCUCUAUGAUGCUGUAUGUAGUUAUCAGCAAGGGGAGAAGCCAGGAUCCUGUAUCACCCAGCAGCAGAAAGAGGUCUCGGCUGAUUCCUCUGUGAUUGAUGAACAGUGUUCCUGUGUGAAAGAAAAGACGAAGGAUUUCUUCUCCGACAGUAUGGAGGAUGACCUUGACCUUCCCAACUCACAGAACAGCCAGUCGAGCCUGUCGGAUGACGAUAAGAUCAGUCAGCUGGAGAAGCAAAAGAUGGUUAUGGAGUCUUCCACAAUGGACACCAGCAGUCAGUAGUCAUCAAUGUUGACAAGGAUCUGUAGAUACAUAUCGGAUGAUGAUGUAUGAGUAUCCAGCUUCACUGCCUUUUUUGCAUUACAGACAGUUCUACUGACAACUUCCAUUUGAAAAAACUAACAUUUGAAACAGAUUGAAAUUACGAAAUUACACAUCUUUAAUCAACUUAACUGCAUGCACAUUUUUCACAUGAAAAUAACUAAUAUUGGUGUUCUGUUUCUUAUUAUUUAGUUCUGUGUCGGUUGUUGAUUUAUUUACAAAUGGUUAGUGAUAGCUAUAGAUUUUCUUCUAAUAAAUCUUCAGACGAGUUACAAGUAUGUAUGUUUGUAAAUGUGUAUGCAUACAUGGUUUAAGCUGGACACUAAAAAUAUUGUUAAAUUUUAAUUUUUUUUUUAGAAAUGCUUAAACAUGAAAGUAUAAUUUUAAACCAAAAAACAUGAGUCUCAAGGCCAUUCUUAUUUCAGAUUAUCUGUCCCAACUUGCCCAUGGCUUUUACAAGGAUUUACCAGCAUGGUAAACCUAAAUUAUCUUCUACUGCAUUUCAAGUCUAGGAGAAUCAGUUCAGAAAAUGUUGAUGAAAUUUGUCUUGGCCAAUUGACAUAUAAUAAAAGAAACAUGCUACUGUUAAUCCUUGAAAGAGCUUUUUUUAAAUUUUUAUUGUCAAAUAAAUUUGCUGAAUUCAUCUUAAAUUUGGUGAUCAACAGUGUAAACCAUACAGACAUGCAUAUUAAUAAUUCCGACUGUCAAAUGUUGUUUGUAUUGCUCAGUCAGCUAAUACUGCCAGUAAGUAUACUAUUAACAGGUGUUACAUUGGUUUUCAAUGGCAAUCCAUAAAUUUAGUUAAGGUUCCUAUAACAUCAAUUUAAGAGAAAAAAAACCAUCUUGCCCUUGCGAUUCGCAAAAUUGCCACAGGUAAAACAGUUGGCUUUGAGCAUCUAAAAUACAUUUUGCUUCAACAUUUGUAGUUUAAAUAUCUAUGCAGUGUUUCUGCCAGAGGGUAUAACGGGUAUGGCACCAUACCCAAAUUUUUAUUAUUAAAGUUGACAAUUUGACAAAAUUAAUAACUCUUUAUCAUUACCGUAUGAUUUUCUUAACCAUUUUCUUUAGAGGGGAGGUCCCCAAUACCCCCUAUUGACUGUGGUAGCAUUCAAUUCCAUAGUGCCAUACCCCAAAAUUUCUUUUUAACAGAAACACUGCUAUGCUAGUAUCUGCAUGUAGUUGCAUUGGCCAAAAAGAUACUGAUCAAUGUUAAUUUUUCUUCAGCUAUUACAUUGACAUUGCUGAAUACUGAGACAAACUGUGAGGGCUGACCAUCUACAUUUAAUUGUUCUGGCAACAUUUAUCAGAAAAUUAAUUUUCAUGACCGGAUAAUAAUUAUAUUACAUUAUUCAGUUGACUGUGAUGUAAAAUGGCAACUUUAAUGAAAAAAUAGGGCUUUUUGUAUGCAUGUAUGUGAUACAUGUAUGUAUUAUACAAUUUUCAUUAUUACAGUUCAUUUCUGUAUUAGUAUGUUUGCAUAUAUACCAUUUUCCCCAAAUGUUUUGUCAUACAUUUUUUUCUUUCGUAAUUUUUAAAUCAUGUCUCAUAAAUGUAGAAUUAGUAUACUUUUCGCUUUGGCUGUGGUUUCACAUCUGAAUCAUGAAUAUAACCUAAAUACUGAAUAUAUUGUGAAUUUAUGUUGAAGUUAUUCUAUGGCAACUACAGAGGUUCGGUGUGAAUUUUGAACCCAUAAACAUCCUAAGGAGCUAAAUCGAUGGACAAAAUUAAGGGAACAAUACAGGCAUGGUAGAAGCAAGUAGACAUUGGGAAUGGGACUUACUGAGAUCGAUGGCACAAAGCAAAGUUUCUAGUGGAGUUCAGGGGUAUGCUCCCCUGUAAAAAAUUUAAAAUUAGAUGUCCUGAAAUGUAAUUUCCUGCAUUCUACAAGUAAAAUUCAUCUCUGCCUUACAAUUUACAGCCAAUAACCCCCCUCCGCUGUGCCUGUAAUAUGGUAUUUAAAAUUGAAUGUAAUCCACUGGUCACAGGAGUAGUUGUGCCUGUAUAAAGUACAGAUAUUUAACAUUGGAUUGAAUGUCAGUACUGAGGGGCUGAUUACCAGUAACACGGUUAACUUCUGAUACUGCUUGGAUGAGGGAUUUGAUUACAACCAAUAUUUGCUGUUACCAUUUAAAUGUUCCCGUAAUUCUUUCCAUCAGUAUAUAAAUUGUGGCUGCUAAUUAGAUAUGGUUAGGUCAGGUCAUAAGGUGUUACGUGUGCACUCAGAGCAAGCUGUUGUAGUGCCUGUCAUGGGCACACAAGGCCGGCACCUCUGUCCAGGACAGGAAAAGGGUUGGGGUGGGUGGAAGAGGGGACCUCCCACACUGGCAGGUGCAAGGGAGCACCAGCAUCCCGACCGGAAUCUGUAGCAGGCGUAAUUAGAUAUGUUUGUAUUGUAUUUAUAUAUAGUAAAGGUGGGGAGGGAUUUAGCUCACUGUUGAAUAUUUGCCUGAUAUUCUUGCAUUGUAGGAUCAAAUCUCAUUAAUAGACCUAUUGAGUUUUUUCAUCCCAACCAGUUCUCCACAACUGGUUUAUCAAAAGCUGUGGUAUGUGCUGCCCUGUCUGAGAGAGUGCAUAUAAAAGAUCCCUUGCUGCUAAUGGGAAAAUGCAGCAGGCUUCCUCUGAAGACUCACAAUUAUCAAAUGUUUGACAUCAAGUAGCCUACAUGUAUCAUUAAUUAAUGUGCUCAAGUGGUGUCGUUAAACAAAAACUUUAACUGUUUGUAUUGAAAGAUGACUUGAGAGAAUAAAUGGCUGCCUAAUAUAGGUUUUACCAAAUAAUAUUUUAAUUUUCUUAAAUUUGUGUAGAUAGCCCUGUCUAUAUCAGUUUUUUAAUAAACCUCUUAUUAUUAUUUUUUAUUAUCUUCUUUUUUUGGAUAGGAUUAGUUUCUUACAUAAAGUCUUUAUUAUUAUUUGUUUGUUUUCUUAUCAGUCAAGUUAAUUUGUUCUCUUUGAUAUAGAAUGUUCACAUUUAUCAAAUAUAUCGAUGGCUGACAGCUGGAACUGUUAUGUCCAAAGUUGUAAUUUUUUGAAAAUCUAGUUCUAAUGUAUAAGAAAUUAAUUAAUAUCUGAAAAGAAAGCAAUUUUUUUAUUCAAACUUCAGAUUAGCUGUUUAUCAUUACUAUUACAUAUUGAUGAAAAGAAAUAAAGGAUCACCUUGUAAUAUGAUCGUUGUAGCACGAUUCUAUAAAUUGCAGCCACAUCCGUUUUAUUUGCACAUGUUCAGUUUUCUGUAACCUGUUUUGCAUUAGCCCUUUAAAUUCGUUUAAAUUUAGGACAUUGUUGUCAUACAAAAUAAAAUGGGUUACAUAAGG